UCCUGCAACAAAAGGGAUUAAUAACUAUAUAACUAAUAAAUCCUUCCUCUCCAACGUCUUACCAAUAAAAUGUUUCUCUCAUAAAAGAGAGUCCCGGGGUUUAACAAAGACUAAUUGCAACCUAAUCCCACUCUAUCUUACCAAUCUAACAAUUCAGUAUUAAAUAUUUCCCUUUCUAUAAAUACUAAGAGAGAAAAGUUUAGAGCAAAUACAGUUAUGGAGGUCUCUUCGUGUACAAGGCCUUUCCUCCUACUCCCCUUCCUAGUUCCUCUCUUCUUCAGUCUUCUUUCACGCGCCGAAGCUGCCAUACCUGAGCAAGAGCUCAAGGACAUGAUCAUCACCCUCAAAACCACAGGUUACAAUCUCUUUGGCAAUGCCAUUGAAACCUCGGACCUCAAAGCCCUAAUCCUCAACUCCGACUUCCCCCUCAGCCUCUUCAUCCCCACCGACCCUUCUAUCUUCAACCUCCGCACCCAUGUUCUCGCCCCACAUGGCUAUGUUGAGACCCUCCAAGCCCAUGUCGCCUUCGGCCUCUUUGCCUCCCCCACUAUCGAAGACCUCCCUCCUUGGCUGAUCCUCCCGACUCUCCUCCCCACUCAUCAAAUCAACCUCACCCACUCACCCCACCUCCACCUCUUCCAUGCCGAUGGCGUAGUUGUCCAGGACAUCGACCUCUUCUCCGGGCCAAACCUCGUGGCUCAUGGCCUCGAUAGCAUCCUCUCCGUUGGGUCUCCUGCUCCCCAAACCUGUGCCCCGGAACCCCUCUCGCCAGAGUCUCCCCAUCCAAAAUUCUCCCCUCCUUCAGAGCCUUCUCCUGACGAAGAUUUGCCUAAAACUCCAGAACCCUUGCCUGAGACACACCCUAAUUCUAAGCCCUUGCAUUCAUCUCCUCAGCCCCCUCUGCCGAAACAUGGGUACUCUCUCCCAAGGCCCCCAUUGCCGAGAUAUCGAUAUCCUUUUCAAAGGUCUCCACUGCCGAGAUAUCACUAUCCUUUGUUUAAACAUCAGUAUACUUUCCAACCGAAACAUGGGUCCUCUCUCCCAAGGUCCCCAUUGCCGAGAUAUCGCUAUCCUUUUCAAAGGUCUCCACCUUUGUUUAAACAUCAGUAUACUUUCCAUCCGAAACAUCGAUAUCCGGUAGCUGGUGGCGUUUAUCCAAGCCCCGCAGGUCGUGGUGAACACCAUUCUCACUUGCAUGGGGAUUCGAUCAUCCGCGGUUAUGGCCACCAUAAGUAUCCGCAUUCCAAGAACCAUGGUUAUGGACAUGGCCGGUUCGGUGGUUGGAAGCCUGGGAAUCACUAUUGAGUGUGAGGAGAAAAGCCGAAGUCUUCCCCAGAAUCAGCCGAAACAUCAAAGUGCUUCUCUUCCCCAGCCAAACUAAAGCAGCCUUCAA